AGUGGACUAACGACAUGUCUCCGCAGAAAUUCGCUGCUAGUAUAAAUGCUGAUAAGCACUCUUUGAUUCACCGAUGUUGGAUUGGUUUUGCUGUCGUCGCCGUCGUCACGGUCAUGAAGAUUUGGAAACAGAUACUGUGGCUUCCACCGGCCAUCGCAUUCGCGACACCGUCGGGCUCUUCUCCCACCAUCAAUAUAUAUAAACAUUUUGGUAAUCUAUCGCCUUAUUUUGUGCCAGAAAACACUCCAGCUUCGGUAAAGUCAGGCGUGCCACCAGGGUGUACGGUCGAAAAAGGGUUUCUCAUCCACCGCCAUGGAAGCCGACAACCUUUAUCAGACGAAAUCGGGGUCAUACAGGAUCUUUCAUACUAUGUCAACAACAACACAGAUAUGUUUUCAUCGCCGCAAGAGAAGCUAUCCCCUGGAUUUGUCUUUCUUUCCAAAGGAUGGAAAAGCACGUUCACGACCAAUGACCUUUCUGCCGUUGGGCGCCAACAGCUUUUCGACCACGGUGUUGCGUUGAAGCUCAAAUAUCCAGAGCUUUCAACAAACUACGUACUAGCUGGGGACCAAGAUCGUGUUGUUGAAUCUGCCAUGUGGUUCAUGGAUGGCUACUACGGUCGCUCGGUGAAUUCUACUGCAAUACUCAAUCGAAUCCCGGAGAAUAAUAAGACAAUAUCUUGGAUCACACCUAUGAACACGUGUGAGGGCUGGGAGUACAAUUACGGAGGUGCCUUGGUUUCAGAAUGGGGUGCAAUUUAUUUGCCGCCUAUUGCCAACCGUAUCAACGAUUUGCUAGCUCCAGCCUACCCUUCUGUCAACUUUACAGCGACACAUGUGCAUGGCAUGUUCUAUGCCUGUGUCUACGGAACAGCUGUCUAUGGCAUUGGUUCGUCACCCUGGUGCAAUGUCUUCCUUCCGGAAGAGAUACUGCAGAACGAGUAUGAGUACGAUCUUCUCAUGCGAGGUGCCUUCGGAUACGGUCUUCCCAAUGACAUGGGCACAGUCAUUGGCAGCCUCCUUGUUUCUAACAUGACUGAGUUUUUACAAAACAGUUCAGGCCCCAGUUUGUCAUUGAAUUUCGGCCAUGACACGACAAUCGAUCUUGGGUUAACCGCUCUUGGACUCGCCGCGGAUCGUGACUAUCCCACAAAAGGACCGAUUAAUGCAACACGAUCCUGGAGAACGUCUAAGCAGGUACCAUUUGCUGCGCAAAUGUUCUGGACAAGUCUGUCCUGCGAUGGGGAGUUGAGAAUCCAGCUUCUGUUAAACGAAGCAAACUUUGACCUGAGCCCUACUGGCUGCGCCAGUGACGAGUAUGGAACUUGCAAUUUUGCAGAAUUUCUUGCUAGCGAUAAAGUUCAGGCUGCUCUACAUGUGCUACAUGAAGAUCCAAGGUGGACAUCGGCUUGCGCUGUUAAAUUGUAAAUGUAGAUG